ACACCUCUCUCUCAUCCCACCCAUCCCUCCGUCCAACCAUUCCUUGACACCACUUUUUCUAGGUGGAAUUUUUUGGGCUGCGCACAUCCCCCUUUGGAUUCUUUACCGUUUCUGUCCCCGGCUUGAAGGAGAGGACAGGGGAGAGGGAGAAAGCGAUAGAAGAGAGGAUUUAGUACUGAAGAGAGAGAGUGGGAGAGGAGAGAGGGAUCAUGUCUGGACUCUCGGCAGUGUUGAAGAGCUGGGUCAUCCUGCAGACUCUGUGCCUGGCUCUGGCCCAAGUGAACGGUCCUCCAGGACCUCAAGGCAAUCCCGGUCCGCCCGGGCCCUCUGGCACKCCCGGGUCCGAUGGCAUUGAUGGGGAAAAAGGACCUCCUGGACCUCCUGGCCCACUAGGGUUGAAGGGGGACCCAGGUGAGCCUGGUCCAGAUGGACCUCCCGGAGAGAACGGCAUCGACGGUUUGAUGGGACCAAAGGGAGACGGCGGCCCUAUCGGGAACCCUGGACCUAAAGGCCAGCCUGGACCUGGUGGUGAACCUGGACCCACUGGACCCGGACUGCCUGGACUGGCUGUAAGUCAGUAUUUGUUGAUUAUAAAGAAUUAAAGACUUAUUUAGAAA